AUGGCAGCGGCGUUAGCAGUGGUGGCUGUUGAAGUGGUAGAGGGGCAAUCGGCGAUGGCGACAUGCACUUCGAAGCUCGUUGACCAGGCCCUUUUUCUUCCCAAGCGCUUCGAAGCUCGUCAACUCUUGCAUCAAAGACUCAAAGACUAUCGAAUCAGACGUUCAUGCACGGUUCGAUUUGAGGCUGGUUGCAAAGAUGUGAAUUGCAAGUUUUUGCUUCGUGCAAGAUGCAGACCUGGUUGUACGUUUUGGCAUGUGGUGAAGUUUAUGCCGGGUCACACAUGUAGUCCGGACAUCUACGAUUCACAUUUUCGGAGUGUGAAGGCGAUUGUCAUCGGGAGUUUGUUCUCACAACGAGUGGCAAUUAGUGAAUAUACACCUGGAAUGCUAAUGGGAGAGCUGUUUGAGCAGCAUGGUGUACAGAUCAUGUACACUAAAGCUUUGAGGUCUUUACAACAUGCAAAGAGACUUGCUUAUGGCAAUGCAGAUGAGUCAUUUCAGCAGCUACCCUUAUAUUUUCACAUGUUGAAAGAAACAAAUCCCGGCACUAUCACGGCAAUAGAGACAGAUGAAAAUAAUUGUUUCUUGUAUUCAUUUUUUGCUCUUGGAGCUUCACUUCAGGGUUUUCGAUCUUACAUAAGACCGGUUGUUGCUGUUGAUGCCACCCAUUUGAAAGGUAAAUAUAAAGGCGUGAUUUUUGUUGCCACUUGUAAAGAUGGAGAGGAGAUGAUUUAUCCCAUCGCUUUUGGAUUUGGGGAUGGUGAGUCUGACAGAUCAUGGAUUUGGUUUUUAAGAAAAUUGAGAGAAGCUAUUAGCGUGCCGGAGGAUUUGCAUACAGCUACACCCAAGUAG